UAAAAUAACUGAGGCCAAAUGAAAAAUGUGUAUUUGUUUUUGCCUCCAGAUUGGUACCUUCCUUUCCCUUUUAUGCCAGCUACAUAUACUAUUUAUCAUAUUUUAUUAUAUAUUAUACUACAUUUCAUAUGUAUUUUAUGUUAUGCUAUAUUCAAACUAGUCUGUAUGAUAUAUUAUAUAUUGCUGCACUAUACUAGAUAUGUCAUACUAUGUUACUACAUUUCACCUGAUAUUAUAUCCUGAGCCAAGAAAGCCAAGAAAGGUGAAACCACUCCUACAUAACAGUCUGAUUAUGAAUAUCGUGAACAGUUGCUCCAGUUCUCAUGCUGACAUUGUUUGGCAAAACGACAUCGAUACCAAAAUCAGUCAUGCUGCGUGGAAGAAAUCCUGCAUUGCAUCAGCUUGUGUGGAGGUGGCAGCUGAGCAACAUGCAUGAAUCAGUAAUGAAGAGUCACAAAGAUCUUCACUUUGUCCAUGUCAGACAAGGAGGCCUGUACUGGGUCGCCACGACAACAGCUGCUGCUUCCCCCUUCACCAUCAUCGAGUUCCUCAACAGGUUAACAGCUCUGGUUAAAGAUUACUGUGGCAGCCUGUCAGAGAAGUCGGUGCAGAUGAACUUUGCGCUCAUCUAUGAGCUGCUGGAUGAGGUCGUGGACUAUGGUUACAUCCAGACGACGUCCUCUGACGUCUUGAAAAACUUCAUCCAGACUGAAGCUGUCUCCUCCAGACCGUUCAGCCUGUUUGACCUCAGUAACGUUGGCUUGUUUGGAGCGGAGACACAACAGAGUAAAGUGGCUCCAAGUUCUGCAGCAACUAGACCCAUCCAGUCCAGCAGAGAGCAGGGAGGGAAGAGUGAGAUAUUUGUGGACGUGAUUGAGAGGAUGUCGGUCGUCAUCGGCUCCAACGGAGUUUUGAUGAAGGCCGACGUCGAGGGAGAGAUCAGAGUCAAGUGCUACAUGCCGAGCUGCUCAGAAAUGCGGAUCGGUCUGAAUGAAGAAUUCAGCAUCGGCAAGUCACAGCUCAGAGGUUACGGAGCUGCUGUUCGCGUUGAUGAGUGCAGCUUCCACCAGGCGGUCCGACUGGACGAGUUCGACAGCCACCGGAUCCUCCGACUCUGUCCCAGCCAGGGAGAGCAAACAGUGAUGCAGUACCAGCUGAGCGAUGAUCUGCCCUCAGCUCCUCCUUUCCGUCUCUUCCCAACCAUCGAGAGAGACAGCGGAGGAAGGCUGCUGAUGUACCUGAAGCUCCGCUGUGAUCUGCCGCCAAAGAGUGCUGCCAUCAACGUCUGCGCCACCAUCCCUGUUCCUAAAGGCUCUGUGAGUUUGUCACAGGAGCUCAGCAGUCCGGAUCAGAGCGCAGAGCUGAAGCUGCAGAGCAGAGCUGUCGACUGGCUGAUCCCUCGUUUCCCUGGAGGAACACAACUCUCUGCUCUGUUCAAGCUGGAGGUCCCCGGCCUCAGCUCGGCCUCCAUGCUGGAGGUUGGUCCAGUUGGCCUUAGCUUCGAGCUUCCUAAGCUCACCAUCACAGGGCUGCAGAUCCGCUUCCUCCGCCUGUCGCCCGUCCAGCCCGGCCCGUCGCAGCGCUGGGUACGAUACGUCACCCACUCUGACUCCUACACCAUCCGGAUUUGAACUCACUUACAGUAUUUCUGCUUACAGCCUGAUUAAUCACCAUCAUCAGUUUCAUGAUGAUGCAGCAAGAUGAUUAGACUGAUGAAACUUCCUGGACAAGUUAAAUUAAACAAAGUUUUUUUGUUUUGUUUUUUCAAAAUAAAAUGCGUAUACUGUAUGUUGGCGUCAGAAGAUUUAAUCUGUGUUGUAUAUUAUUUUUUCAAUUUUUCAGUCAGUUACAUAUUUAUUCCUGUUUUAAAAACUGGACUUUAAUUCAAAUCAAUGUAGAGUGAAGAAGUGUUCGACAAGAUACAGCCAGUGUCAGUGUACUGUUGCUGUUUUUACUUUUAGUGAAUUGAUCAGUCUGUGAUAUUCUGUAAUUCUCUUAAUUUCUACAAAUCUCAUGUGUAGUUCCAAACCCAACAAUGGAGCUCAACAGCACAGAGAGAGAGCAUAUAUCAGGUUCUGACACACACAGGAUACAUUCACUGUUGGUUUGAGUCUGAACAUGAGAUUUGUUGAUAAUAAGAAAAACUGUCAUCAUAAUCAUUUAAGAGUGUAAUGAAUGACACUUGAGGUGUACUGAGAAAAUACUCUUUAAAUUCAGAAAUCCUAAAACGUUAUCCAACACAGCUCUACCGCUAAUCAUAAGACACAUUAGUCAUACAUGUUCUUCUGUAUCUCCUCAUGCACGCACACUGUCCGUAAAUAAAUGUGAAGUCGUGUU